CACUCAGCCGGCGCCUCGCGGGGGUGUCGUUGGGCGGCGAGGCCCCUGUAGGCCCCAGCCCUCCUGCUCCGUCAGUCAGUGAGGCCGGCCUCUGAGGGUCCACACCGACACCCUCACUCACCCACCACCGAGAGCGGCCGCAAGCUCAGCCAUGGACACCAUCAAGCGCGGCUGGUUCACCGAAACCUCUACCUUGUGGCCGGGCCAGGCCAUGUCCCUGGAGGUGGAUGAGGUCCUUUACAACCAGAAAUCCCCUUUCCAAGAUGUGGUUGUCUUCAAAAGCAAAACCUAUGGCAAUGUCUUAGUGCUGGAUGGUGUGAUACAGUGCACUGAAAGGGAUGAAUUUGCUUACCAAGAGAUGAUCGCAAAUCUAACUCUGUGCAGCCAUCCUAAUCCUAAAAAGGUACUUAUUAUUGGAGGUGGUGAUGGUGGUGUGCUGCGAGAAGUGGUCAAACAUUCUGCUGUAGAGUCUGUAGCACAAUGUGAAAUCGAUGAGGAUGUAAUAAAGGUUUCCAAACAGUACCUUCCUAGUAUGGCAGUGGGUUUCUCAAGCCCCAAGUUGAAACUUCAUGUUGGUGAUGGCUUUGAGUUCAUGAAAGAGAACCAGGAUGCAUUUGAUGUAAUUAUCACUGAUUCCUCAGAUCCAGUAGGACCUGCUGAGAGUUUGUUUCAGGAGUCUUACUACCAGCUGAUGAAGAAUGCUCUGCAUGAAGAUGGAAUCCUUGGUGCGCAAGGUGAAUGUCAGUGGCUGCACCUUGAACUCAUAAAGGAGAUGCGGAGAUUCUGUAAAUCUUUGUUUCCUGUAGUUGAAUAUGCAUACAGCACAAUCCCUACGUACCCCAGUGGACAGAUUGGUUUUAUGUUGUGCAGUAAAAAUCCUGACACUAAUUUUCGUGAACCUGUGAGACAGCUAUCAGCGGAGGAAGUGGACAGAAUGCAACUGAAAUAUUACAAUGCAAAUAUGCACCGGGCAGCAUUUGUUUUGCCUGAGUUUGCCAGAAAGGCACUUGAUGCAUAAAGCCAACUCUAUUGCCUGAUGUUUGAUGUCAUCAAUACUGAAAAACAUUUUUACAAAUUCUAUCAUCGGUUUGUAAUGGAUUCAUAAUGUUCUAUACUGAAAUUAACCCUUUCCUGUCUACAACGAGGAAAAUUAUUCUUCAACUGCCCAGGAAGCCAGGAAACAGCAGCUCUUGGUGGGAAUAAAAGACCAUGUGUUCAGUUCUUUUUAAAGAAAGUCACUGUGAUUUUUUUUUCCCCCUGGGUGAUCUCUAAUUCUUGUGGAGUUGGCUUCACGACCUUGUAAGAUCAGCUGACUAAUCAAUAAACUCCAUUUCUAGAUACUGCACGUGGCUGACAGCGUGGACCGCUGAGGCUUAAAUCUAUGAUGGCCCUAGACUGGAAAGGGUUAAAAUUUUAAAGAAAAUAUUAAUAAAAAUGCAACCAGAUAAUA